GCCCGUCUCGAAAUGUGGGCAAGUUUAUUGGUCAACAUAGUCGAUUAGUUCUAAAGCACGAGGGGCUCGUGGGCGAGGUCUUGAAGUGACUUCGAGUGCUCGACAUGGUAGCGUCCAUAAGCUCGGUAAGGUCAGUGUCCGUGUCGACUGUAGUUCCCCAGAUCCCGACCCGGCAGCCCUGCGUUCUCGCGCUCUCCAACUUCCAGAGCUACUUUUCGUUUGAGCGCUACAUCAAGCAAGUGUUCUACUUCUCCGCCCCGGGAUCUUCAGCUCUCAAGCAGCACGAUGACCAGGAAGAAGAAGAAGAAGAUCAAGAACAGAAGAGCCCUCGGAUCGAUAACCACGACGAAGAGGAGUUCCAGCGCCUGGUUUGCAGCAUGAGGGAGUCUCUGUCACGGUUGCUCGUUCCAUACUACCCUCUGGCGGGGAGAAUGCGGCGGCGAGAGCGGUUAACAACGAUCCAGGAGCUCCACUGCAACGACGCGGGCGUCAUGGUGGUGGCGGCGAUGGCUAACACAGCCUUGGGCGACGCCCGGCAGUGCCCCAUCGAGCACGAGCUCUACCCGGAACCCAGGGUCAGAGAUCCCGCCAACGCGCCGCUGCUAAAAAUCCAGGUGACAAAGUUCCAGUGUGGCGGGAUUGCUGUGGGAGUGCUCACCUGCGAGAACAUCCUCGACGCCUCCUCCUCCUUCCCGUUCCUCCGGGCGUGGGGGGAGAUUCACCGGGGCCUCGCACUGGGGGUGGCCCCAUCGUUUGAUUCCAGCGUGCUCAAGCCUCGAGAUCCUCCGCAGGUCAAUCUCCCCGUCCGUGACUACGUCGUCGCUCCACCGCCAGCAAGCACGGUGGAAGCCAUGGCCAAAUCCUCCCAGGACGCCAUCCCCGACCGCCAGAGGCUCUUCCACAUCGCCCCCGAUCGAGUCCGCGAGCUCGUCGCCGAGGUCCAGCGCGGGAGAUUCUUCUCCUCUCGUGACGAGCCGCCGCCGAGCUCGUUCGAGGCCAUCUCCGCCAUGAUCUGGAAGUGCGUCGCGGACGUCAAAGACCUGGACGAUUCGGAGAGCAUGACUUACAUCUACGCGCUCUCCACCAAAGGACCCAAGCGCUGGAGCCCCGAGAUCCCGAGCCACUACUGCGGCAGCUCCGCUCACAUCCCCUGCCUGGCUGCUCCCGUGGGCGAGAUACGCAAGAACCACAUCUCCCACGCCGCCAAGCUCCUCCGCGACGAUAUCCAGUCCGCCACCCAGGAGCGCAUCCAGUCCGCCAUCGACUGGAUGGAGCUCCACCUCCGGGCCGGGAUCUUCGUGGACGACAACUUCCCGCUGCCAAGGUGGUCGGGGAGAGCUAUCAACAGCAACAGCCUCACAGCAUUCCCGAUCUACGAGCUCGACUUUGGAUGGGGGAGGCCGCGACACUUCUCCUUCGUCUUGGAUGCCGAGCCGGGCAGUGGAGCCGCCAUUCUUCUUCCUACUCGAGAUGGCGGACGAGACCGGCAUCUGGCGAUUCGGCUGCCCGAGAACCAGAUGAAGAAGUUACUCGAGCACCAGUUCUUCCUCAAGUUCGCCACCCCGGUGUAGCAAACAAGUUGUUUUCUCUUUUUUUUUUGUUGUAAUCCGGCCUGCCAGCAGCAGCAAAGAAGAGCCACAGUAAUUUACAUUCUCCACUCUACCAGUUA